AUGGAAGCUAAUAAUGGCAUAUUACUUCCCAUGGAAACUGAUCCGGAAACAAAUCCUUCUGUAUCAAUUUUCUAUCCUCAAGUAAUUGGUGACCUCACUCCCUUCCAAGGUCAACAAUUUGAAACAUUAGAAGAAGUGUAUGACUUUUACAAUCAGUAUGCAAGGGAAGCUGGGUUUAGCGUUCGAUCCUACUCUAGUAAGAAGAGUAAAGAUGGAGAGGUCAUACGGAAGGAGUACGUUUGCAAUAAAGAGGGAAGUUGGUCAACUGAAACAAGUGGUGUUGUAAAAAGGCGUCGUGGAGUAGGCAGAGAGUCUUGUAAGGCGCGGCUAGUAGUUGUUAAAUCAAAAUAUGGUGGAUAUGUAGUCACCAUAUUUGAAGAGGCUCAUAGUCAUCCAAUGACAACCCCGCGAAGACGCCACUUAUUAAAGUCUCAUCGUCGAAUUUCUGGUGUUAAUCAACUUGUAGCACAACAACUAAUAUCCGUAAAUGUAUCCACACACCAACAAUAUGACAUUCUAGCAACACAAGCAGGAGGCAUUGAAAAUGUUGGUUUUACUCAACAAGAUAUGUACAACUCCAAUAGAGAUAGACGUAUGAAGAUCAAGGGUCAUGAUGGAGAAAUGUUGUUUGAUCAUUUCAUGAAUGAGCAAGAAAAAAAUCCAUGGUUCAUAUUCAAGGUUGAGACCAAUAUUGAACACAAGAUUACUCGAUGUUUUUGGGUUGAUGCAAUCUCUAGGCAAUCGUACAAGUUUUAUGGUGAUGCAGUAAUCUUCGACACCACCUACAACACCAAUCGAUAUUGUAUGAUCUUUGCACCAAUUAUGGGAGUAAACAAAUAUGGACAAACACACGACAAAAGGAACUGUCCUAUGCUUCAAAAAUCAUCUUCAAUUGUUGACAAAGAUGCUUUUAAUGACAUGGAUAAUAGUUCUUCGUCACAGGAUGAUUAG